AAAUAAAAUAAAAAGACGGAAGUUGGCAAGUUGUUCUUCCGGUGGCAAAGGUCAGCUCGUCCGAGAAGAAGCGGAGCUCCAAGAAAACCCACGUACUUCGACUGAAAACCCCCAAAACCCCAAUUAAAAUCAUGUCUCACACCAUCCUGCUGGUGCAGCCCACCAAGAGGCCCGAGGGGAGGACGUACGCUGAUUAUGAAUCUGUCAACGAGUGCAUGGAAGGCGUCUGCAAGAUGUACGAGGAGCAUUUAAAGAGAAUGAACCCCAACAGUCCGUCGAUAACGUACGACAUCAGCCAGCUGUUCGACUUCAUCGACGACCUCGCCGACCUCAGCUGUUUGGUGUAUCGCACCGACACGCAGACGUACCAGCCGUACAACAAGGACUGGAUCAAAGAGAAGAUCUACGUGCUGCUUCGCCGCCAAGCCCAGCAGGCGGCAAAGUGAAGCCUCUGAGGGGGGAGGGGGGGUGGCGGCGGGGGGGCGGGGCUGUUCUGUGGGUCAAUAUCAUUUCUAUGGUCUUUAACUUGUGUUUGAUUGGUUUGAGUAACUUUUUUUUUUUUAGUUCCCCGUUUUGUUUUUUUACUUUGUUGUAUUUUAAUGUUUUCCUUAUUAAUAAAGUUUCAUCAAAAAAGUUUCUGAAAUGAGAUUUAUUUUUAGAAUAAAUUGAGAGACAAAUAUUGAAGUUGCUGAGACUUGUGAGAAAGUAAUUAUCCUCCUUCCAUCGGCUUCCCUGCUGGCGUUUUUUUUUUUCCUAAUUUCCGUAUUUUUUUCAUUCUCACUGUUGACUUCGUGCUGCGGACGAUGACAGAUGAUAUUUUGUCCUUCCACAGUGUGCUGUUGAAUAAUUUACUGUGGAUGUAAAUUGACUUUGCUGUGAUGCACAAUUCCUCAUUUUCUAAACAAUAAAACAGCAAUCGUGACAUAUUGAUUUUUAUUUCUUUGAAGAGCGACAUGAAAUAUAUAUUUCUUACUCUUGUCUUUUUGUAUUUACUUUAGCAAUGUGUUGUCCUUUCUGUCACACUUUCUCAUUUGGCAGUUAAAUGCUGAUUGUAGAACCGAGUUAAUUAGAAGGUGAGUUUCACUCAACGCAGUGACACUAGUUCCUUUUUAUAAUUGCCUGUGAGCAUGUUUGCUCACUACAUUCUUAUUCUUUUAUUAAUGCGAUGAAUUAGUCCUUGUUUGCUUUAUCUAACACAACUGAUACUCUUUAACACUGAAUAAAGUGGUACAUUCCCCGAAAAAUGAAUGAGACUUUUGGAAAUGAACAUUAAAAAUAUAUCAAGCAUU